AUGGUAACUGAACUACCAUAUGCUCUCGAUGCCGAGACACCGCUAAAUACCUCUGAGCUUAAUGUACUAAAAACGCAAUAUGAGCGCGAGGGUGAGAUGGUUGGCAUCCAGACCAAGUUCAACUACGCUUGGGGCCUCGUCAAGUCCAACCAGCGAAACGACCAGCAGCUCGGUGUGCGUCUUCUCUCGGAUAUCUUCCGCAUCUCCCCCGAACGUCGCCGCGAAUGUCUCUACUACCUUGCCCUUGGCAACUACAAGCUCGGCAACUACGGCGAAGCGCGUCGGUACAACGACCUCCUUCUUGACAAGGAGCCUGCCAAUCUUCAAGCAUCCAACCUACGCCAACUUAUCGAUGACAAGGUUGCCCGCGAGGGGCUGAUGGGUGUCGCUAUUCUGAGUGGUGUUGGUGUUGCGGCCGGUGUGGUGGGAGCAUUUAUUCUGAGGAAUGCUAGGAAGAGGUAG